GCCCAUGUGGGCAGGGACUUGGGAAGGGACGGGCGUCCUACUGGAGUGGCAGAAAUCCUCUCUACGGUGGUCCUAAAAGGCUCUGUCUUACUCAUAGCCCACAAGUAGCCCUUUUUUGAGUUCUUUCUCUUCCACAGAUGACCUUGAAGUUGCUUGAGAACAGUAAAUAACCUUGAAGAAGAACCCAAGAAAUUAACUCCCUGGUCUCCAAAUCCUCCCAAGGGUCAAGCCCUGAGCCAAUGCUUUACACAAAUAUGAGAAAUAUAGUAGCAUCACAGGCUUCAUUCCUCUUUCAUUAUAUCCAGGUGGGAAGAGGGAGGUACUUUUUGAACCUCCUCUGGCUUCAGGAAGAAUAUUCACCAGCCAUUAAACUUUUCAGAGGGUGGUCUCAAUGUCUAAGCAAAUGUUGAUCCCGGAGCAACAAAUGAUUAAGUAAGAAGCCGUGAUCCCCGCCAUGCAGAUGUCUUAACAAGACACGUUUGCAAGGACAGUUUUAUGGUGCAGAACAGUACUUGCUUCUUUGCAGCUGCAAGAUAAUAGAAAAUGUUGGUAUGGUUACAGCAGUUUUCCACUACUCACACAUAUAAUCUUAACAACAAUCUUCUAAUGUUGGUGCUAUUACAAUCUUAAUGUUGCAGAUUACAGAAAUGAAGCAUAGAGAGGUUAAUGAAUUUAACCAUGGUUGAAUAUAUAUAGCAAAUAUAUAGCCCUGUCAAUAUAUAGCCAAUAUAUAGCAAUGCCAGGUUUUGAAAACAAAUUCUGUCCCCAGCGUCCACUUUUAACCAGUACUCUCCACUGCCUCUCCUUUCCCACAUUACCCAGGAUCUGAACGAGUCCCUUGGGAGCAGAGAGGUGUGAGGACUGCUGGGUACAGCUGUGCAGGCUGUCCCUCCCUCCUAUGCCUGUGGGCAUCCUGCCAGGCUAGCCCAGUGGCAGCUGGAACCCAGCCCACACUCGGCCUGCUGAGGUGUCUCUGCCUUUCCUUAGGAAAAGGAGGAGAAAAUGAUCAAGUUCCAGAAGCUGGUGACCUUCGAGGACGUGGCUGUGGUCUUCACGGAGGAGGAGCUGGGACUGCUGGACUCCGCCCAGAGGCAGCUGUACCGAGAUGUGAUGCUGGAGAACUUCAGGAACCUGCUCUCUGUGGGGAAUCAGCUCUCGAAGCCAGAGCUCAUAUUCCAGUUGGAGAGAGAGGAGAAGCUUUUGAUGAUGGAGAUGGAAACCCAGAGAGAUGGGUGUUCAGGAACCAAGAAUCAACAUAAUAUGGAGAGUGUUCAAGAAGUGGGGUUAAGCUGCCUUUCCCCCAGAGAGCUUUCCUCCUGGCAGACCCAGCAACAAGAUGCAGGCACGUUAACCAGAUGUCGAGAUUGCGUGAAAAAUUGGCAAGGGAAUAUUUCUCAGUUGCCAACACGAGGUGAUUCCCCCUGCCAGGUUUGGGCGGGAAUACCAAUUCAGAUUUCUGAAGAUGAGAACUAUAUAUUGAGUCAUAUAGAGGAUAGUUCCAAUUACAUAAAAAAUCAAGAAUUUCCAUCUUGGAGAGCCCAGCAUUCUUGGAGGAAGAUGUAUCUGACAGAGUCAUGUAAUUAUCAGUGUGGAUGUCGGCAAGUUUCCAUGAAAAAUGAUUUCUGUAAGUGUGACAGUGUCAGUUGGAUCUCACAUCACAAUGAUAGUCUGGGAGCACACAGAACAGAGAAAAACUCCAGCUGCCAUGACUGUGGAGAAGACAUCAUGAAGGUUUCAUUGCUUAGUCAAGACUUAAUUCAAACAGGGCAAAAGCCCUAUCCCUGUAUUGAGUACAGAAAAGCCUUCAGUGAUGACUCCAGCUCUGAAGUUCAUCAGCAGUUACAGUUGGGAGGGAAGCCCCAUAUAUACAGUCCAUGUGGAAAGGGCUGUAGUUAUGAUUCAGUUCUCCAUAUUCAUCAAAGUGUUCAUCGAGGAAAUGAUUGUGUUUCUGAGAGUUCACCUCUCCAAUCCCAUCAGAGAGUUCAUGCAGAGGAGAAGCCAUGUAAAUGUGAAUAUGGUGAGAACUUCAAUCAGUGCUCUUCUCUCAACACUUAUGAACUUCUUCACAUAGGAGAGACAUCCUAUAGAUGCAACAUUUAUGAGAAAUCUUUCAGUCGUAGCUUAGACAUUAAUGGUAUUUUUAGGGUCCAUACUGGGGGGGAACCCCAUGAAUAUGAGGAGAAUGGGAAUGUCUUUAAUCAGAGUUCUUGUCUUCAAGUCCAGCAGAAAAUGCACACUGAAGAGAAACUGUACACAGAUAUGGAGUGUGAGAAAGGUUUCAUUUGUAGCUCAAAUCUUAACAUUCAGCAUAGAGUUCAAAUGGAAGAGAUUCCCUAUAAUUCUGAGGAGUGUGGUAAUGGCUUCAGUCUGGCCUCACAUUUUCAGGACCUUCAGGUAGUCCACACUAGGGAACAACCAUAUAAACAUUAUUCAUGUGUUAACAAAUUCAGCCAACAUUCAUAUCUUCAAGGCCAUCAGAAAAUUCGCAUUGGAGAGAAACCUUAUAAGGAGUGUAGGAACGGCUUCAAUUGGAGUUCAAAACUUAAAGAUCAUCAGAGAGUCCACACUGGAGAGAAGCCAUACAAAUGCAAUGCAUGUGGUAAAGGCUUCAGUCACAGAUCAGUUCUUAAUGUUCAUCAGAGAGUCCACACAGGAGAGAAACCUUAUAAAUGUGAAGAGUGUGAUAAAGGAUUCAGUCGGAGUUCAUACCUUCACGCCCAUCAGAGGGUCCACACGGGAGAAAAACCAUACAAAUGUGAGGAGUGUGGGAAGGGAUUCAGUCGCAAUUCAUACCUUCAAGGCCAUCAGAGAGUUCACACUGGAGAGAAACCAUACAAGUGUGAGGAAUGUGGGAGGGGCUUCAGUCGAAAUUCACACCUCCAAGGCCAUCAGAGAGUCCACACUGGAGAAAAACCAUUCAAAUGUGAGGAGUGUGGGAAGGGAUUCAGUUGGAGCUUUAAUCUUCAAAUUCACCAGAGGGUUCACACAGGAGAGAAACCCUAUAAAUGUGGAGAAUGUGGUAAGGGCUUCAGCAAGGCCUCAACUCUUCUGGCCCAUCAGAGAGUCCACACGGGUGAGAAGCCUUACCAAUGUGAUGAGUGUGGUAAGAGCUUCAGUCAGAGAUCAUACCUUCAAAGCCAUCAGAGUGUCCACACUGGAGAGAGACCAUAUAUAUGUGAGGUAUGUGGGAAGGGCUUCAGUCAGAGAGCAUAUCUUCAAGGUCAUCAGAGAGUCCACACUAGAGUGAAGCCAUAUAAAUGUGAGAUGUGUGGGAAGGGCUUUAGCCAGAGUUCACGCCUUGAAGCACAUCGGAGGGUCCACACGGGAGGGAAGCCAUACAAAUGUGAGGUGUGCACAAAGGGCUUCAGUGAGAGUUCACGCCUUCAAGCACACCAGAGGGUCCACACAGAAGGGAGGCCUUAUAAAUGUGAACAGUGUGGUAAGGGUUUCAGUGGGUUUUCAAGUCUUCAAGCCCAUCACAGAGUCCACACUGGAGAAAAACCAUACAAAUGUGAGGUGUGUGGAAAGGGCUUCAGUCAGAGAUCAAACCUUCAGGCUCAUCAGCGAGUCCACACGGGAGAGAAACCAUACAAAUGUGAUGCAUGUGGUAAGGGUUUCCGUUGGAGCUCAGGUCUUUUAAUUCAUCAAAGAGUCCAUAGUGAUGAUAAAUUCUAUAAAAGUGAAGAGUAUGGUAAGGAUUAUCCUUCAGCAGAGAAUCCGUACAGAAAUGAAGUUCUGUAAAAUGGUGUUCUAUUUUGUUUUGAAGUCCUCAAAUGGGAGCUAAAAUUUUCCAUUCACUAGAGUUCUUAUAGUAGAAAAAAAAUUUCUUUAAUGAAAAUGGAAUGUUUCUGCCCAACCUCAGCAUUCACAAUAGCCAGGAGACCACACACUGAAGACAUCUAAUGAGAGGGCUUCCAUAAGGGAUUUUGUCAGAACUUUAACCUCAUUCAUUGCACAUGACUUUAGCUAGUCGUUGCACUAGGGCUUAUAAAAGAUAAGAGUAUGGUCAGGAACUUAACUAAAGUACAGUGAUGAGCAUGUCUAAAUCCACGUCCACUAGAAUGUAAGCUGAAUGAGAGAAGGGGCUUCAUUCACUGCUAAGUCUACAAAACCAUGGCAUUGCAUAACUCAGUAUAGGUGCUCAGUACUUUUGCUAAAUGACUAAAAGCAUGUCCAGGUAUCAUGCUUGAAAAUUUUAAGCAGCUCAUUUCCCCCCCAAAAAAAAUUCAUUUAAAAAUGUGUUUGGAGGAGGAAUCCUGCAAGUAGCCUUAAUGUAAACACUUCAAGUAGAUAAAUAUUUAAAAUGUAGAGCAUCAAGCAAUAUUGCAAUCAGAAAUUACAUGAAUUUGGUUGUAACCCUGUUGGGAUUGGUUCCCAUCCUUCGUCCCUUAAGCAGGGAUGAGCUGAAUUUAUUGCCAUUUGGUCUCUUUCUAUACAGUACAUCAUCAGUUUAAGUUUAGCUGUGUGUGUGUGUGUGUACAUGUAUGUGCACUUUACAUGACGGUACAAACUGAUAAACAAUGUUUCUGGUUAACUCUACAAAAAUGGAACACUGCAUUUUACAUAAUUGAAUUGUUACUCCUGCCCUGUGUGUUAAUGCGGAGUUUUACUGUAAUAUUUAGAAAGUGUCAGAAGUGGUUACUAAUGAAAAAUACUUUCUAAAUAAAUGUUAAAAUUACAAUGCUUGGUUUUUUAGUCUCCAUAUUUCCAUCAAAGUCCUUUUGAUCUGACUGAUUUCUAAGAGUUAUAGCCUCUGUCCAAUUCAGACCUCCUUAGGCAGGAUCUGUGACGAGUUUAGAGGACUUUAAUUUUGUCAACUUCUCCACCCCCAUACUUAUUCCAUUCACACAAAGAAAGGAAAAAUCUUGAAUUUUUCUAAGCAUUGUAUCAAAUGUAUUGGUUAUUAGGAUAGGAUUUCCUUUUACUUGGUAGUCUCUGUCUUCAAGAACAAUGCAUUUUGUUGAUGGGAGUGAAAAAUACAAGCUUGUUAGAGAAGAAUCAUAUGAUAUAUAUCAAAAUGCAAAAUGUGCAUACCCCUCCAGAAAUCAUAGAAUAGUGAUUUAUAAUAAAGCAGUUUUAACAGUGAGAAAUGAUGUGUACGAUGAGGUAUUCCAGUAUCUGUAAACUGGAAAUAAAUAGGAGUUUGCAUAAAUUUCUCUGUGUUUCCAUAAUAUGGAGCUACAGAAAGUAUGGAAUUGAUCUAAAAUGGUGGGAAAGGAUUAUGCAUAUUGCUUAGCAAAAAUGUGGACUGUACCUUCAUAGUAUCCAGUUAAUCUGUCUGUAUACAUAUAUGUUCAAAUACAUAACUUAAUAGAUAAUGUGUGAAAGAUUACUCACUAUCAUGUACACAGUGGUUUUCUCUGGCAAGCAAAAUUUUGGCUUAGUCUUUUUUCUUUUUUGUACUUAAUUUUAAAAAUGUACAAUUAACAUUUAUCAAUUUUACCAAAGUAAUAAACUACUGAGAUAUUAUCUUUUAGAGUUAAAAACUCAUAAUAUGAUUGCUCCAUUUCAUUAGAUGGAAUUAUAGCCAAAAUUAAAGAAUAAAACCCCUGAAGUUAAUUUUCAAAAUUCUCUAGAUUUUUAAGGAUACAGAUCAGCUACUUUAUCUUUCUGUGAAAUUUCUUUAGGUCUCGCUGCCCAUACAGCCUAGAAUGUCCUAGUGCAAUUUAGUAUUAUUAUAAAUUGAUGCAUCACAGUUUUUCUGUCCGACUUGCCCCUGUUGGCUGGAUGGGGUGACUAAGGCACUGGCUUAACCUGGCUUCCAAGGUGUUAGUUCAAGUUGCACAGUAUUAUCAGAAAUCCAGGGCUUCAAAUGCAUUUCUUUCUUUCUUUUUUUUUUUUGGUGAGGAAGAUCAGCCCUGAGCUAACAUCCAUGCUAAUCCUCCUCUCUUUGCCGAGGAAGACUGGCUCUGAGCUAACAUCUAUUGCCAAUCCUCCUCCUCCUUUUUUUUCCCCCAAAGCCCCAGUAGAUAGUUGUGUGUCAUAGUUGCACAUCCUUCUAGUUGCUGUAUGUGGGACGCGGCCUUAGCAUGGCCGGAGAGGCCGUGCGUCGGUGGGCGUCCGGGAUCUGAACCCGGGCCGCCAGUAGCGGAGCGCGUGCACUUAACCGCUAAGCCACAGGGCUGGCCCCUCAAAUGCAUUUCUUUACUAUCAUCACUUCCCAAGGGAAGAUCAUGAGGCUCAUGGUGGUUUUAUCAGUUAGGAUGCUCUAAGUUGUAAGUGACAGAAAAUGUAACUCAGAGUUGCUUAAACCAAAAGUAUUUCUCAGUUCAUAUAAAUGAAAAGUUAUAGGUAGUGUAAGACUUGGGUCUGGGUCAGUCAAGGAGGUUUAUAUUUGCUUUGGUUUAAUGCUCUCACCUCUGUCCUUUUGUGUGAACUCUUGUCUUCAGAUUGCUCACCAGAUGGCAGUAUCACCUGCUAUUUUGUUCACAGCCAAUGGAAGAGAGCUUCUGUCUCAUUUUAAUGUUAUGUCAUCCUGGAUCCCCAAAAUGUAUAACAUCUCUGACCUCUCCAGUCCCCACCCAAGACUGUGACUAAACCAAGGCAAUAAAGAACAUUGCUGGUCCCAUAAAUAGGAUA